AUGGGGGGCGUUCGAUGCCCUAUGCGCCCCUCACUCUUCCCGAUCACUCUUGAGGAGGCGGAGGAGGAGGAGGAGGUGGUCGCACCUCCUUCUAUGCCCUAUGUCCCUACCUCAGUCCCCACCCCACCUCCGCCUUCAGCCUACCCUCGUGUGAUUCCCCCUGCCCCCCCUUUUUCCUCCUCACCCCCCUUGGCUUCCCCUCCUUCUCUUGUUAUUCCAUCUCCCCUUCCACCCUCCAUCCCUCCUGCACCUGUUCCGCCCUCCUCUUCGUCUUCCACGGCGCCGCCCGUUGGUGAGGGGGGGAUAGAGGUGCCACCGUCUGUGGAGAUCACCGACGGGCAGCGCCUUGAGACUGAGCAGCUGCAGGACGAAAGCAGUAUGGAUGGAGUACAGCAGAGUGGGGGGCAGGAGAUAGGGGAGCAGCAGUCAGGGGAGCAGCAGAUAGGGGAGGAGCGGAUUGAGGAGCAGCAGAUGGUGGACCAGCAGCUAGGGGAGCAGCAGAUAGGGGAGCCGCAGACAGGGGAGCAGGAGAUGUGGGGAAUUAGAGAUGGUGGUCGUGUGUUGGCCUCUGAGAUGAUCACUGCGCCACUGCGUCGCUCCACUCGCAUCACUCGUGGUAUCCCGCCUCUUAACAGGGGAGGCGCCAUGUACCUGGGGCAGCAGGCCGACAGGCGCAUCUCGCUCAGCUGGAAGCACGCUGGGACCACCCCUACCUCUCACACGUCUGCUGCCGGUGCUGGUGCUGCGAGCAGGGCAGAGUAUUGUCUGGGAGCGAUGGGAAAACCCCCUUCGUCUCCGUUCCCCUCACCAUGUGUGACUGCGCAUGGGAAGCACGCUGGGACCACCCCUACCUCUCACACGUCGGCUGAUGGUGCUGGUGCUGCGAGCAGGGCAUAG